AUGGCCGAAGAUGCCGGCCUCGAUCUCGUGCUGAUCUCACCCAACGCCAAGCCGCCGGUCGCCAAGAUUCUCGAUCUGGGCAAACUGAAAUACGAACAGCAGAAGAAGGCGGCGGCCGCGCGCAAGAAGCAGAAGACCGUCGAGGUCAAGGAAGUGAAGAUGCGCCCGAACAUCGACACCCACGACUAUGAGGUGAAGAUGAAGGCGGUGAAGCGCUUCUUCGAGGAUGGCGACAAGGUCAAGGUCACGCUGCGCUUCCGCGGCCGCGAGAUGGCACACCAGCAGCUCGGCAUGCAGCUUCUGCAGAAGGUGCGCGAGGAAGUCGGCGAUAUCUCAAAGGUCGAAGCCGAGCCCAGGCUUGAGGGGCGACAGAUGAUGAUGGUUCUGGCGCCGAAAUAG